AUGAAGACACUGUCCACGACAAAUAGAAAAGGCGGCAAGUGUGUUAAAAUGCCUCCAAAAAUCGCCUACAGCUCAAAAAAGCGCGGAAACAGCCGCGACAGCCAACGAUCCCAGCCCCGUGUCCUCAUGCGAGCUUGGCUGGAACAUCUGUUGGAUGAAGGGUUGUGUCGAGGCCUCCAGUGGGUAGAUAAACAUAGCCACCAGUUUUCUGUUGUCUGGCGCCACGGGUCCAGCAGUGGCUUUAACCCGUCGGAGCAUUCGGAAGUCUUCAGCCGUUGGGCGCAGCAUACAGGUAAACUAGAAAGGGGCAACGGUUUGGAUAAUUCAGCCAAUAAGAGUGCAUUCAGAUGUGCUCUACAUAGCCUCAAAGACUGCAUCGAUAUCACAAAGGAGGGCGAAAUCAAGGGGGAAAGUGCUAAAAGAACAUUCCAGUUCAUUAACCCAGGACAUCCUAAAUAUGAUCGCAAAAAAAGGUCAAGAUGCUCAAAAAAGAAGAUCGAACCGAAAGAGGAAACGGCUGCCUUCACAUCUGACACAGAUGAACAAGACACACAGACUCCAGACACUGAGCACAUAGUCACUGAUCAAGAUGCCUGGACACCAGUCACUGGACAUAUAGUCAAUGACCAAGAUACAAAUACAUGGGAAUCUCAGCCAACCAUGGAGACACAUGACAUUCAGCAAGAGACAAUCAUGUGGCCAUACCCGCAAGCUGAGGCUGAUGCAUCAACAUCACGUGCUUAUCCGUCUUUCAUCUUUCAGGCUACAGAGAUCCCUGUUGAUGUAAGCGCACAGGAAACUGUCGUUGAUACAUCAUCCCCAAUAGCUGAUACCAAAUCUCUUGGCUUCGUUGAUGUUAUUGAAAGAACUGUGCUUGUUCAUAAUUUUGAUGGCCUGUCGCUGGCGGAUCCUACCAACACUACACAGCAUUUAUUUGAGACACAACCCAAUGAGAUCAUUGUUCUGAAACUCAAUGGGGAGGUCACUCAGGCGGACAAUGCUGAUGACAGCAAACUUCCAGUAUUUUCUAAACUAGGUGUGUCAGAUACAUAUGAAGUACCCUUUGCUCAUACUGGGCUAAAUUCUGGAGGCAGUGUCACAGUGAAAAAGGGCAGGCAAAUGAACUCGAGUGCUCAUCACUUUUUAAUUAAACAACCAUCAGUGGAACCACAGGAUCAGUCAGCUGUAGCCACAGUUCCUGACCCUGUCGACACCAGUUCAGAUGAGACUGGCUAUGGCACCUCCUAUGGCAAUGAUUCUAUGGACGUCAUUGAAGGGAUGGACAUCAAUAAUCCAGGGGAAAUUGAAAACUUUGGCAAUGCAUUAGCUGGAAUACUCACAGACCUGCAACAUUCUCCAUUGGCAGAUGAAAUCAAUGUGGAUUUGGCCAACUUUGUACUUGGAGAGAUGGAUGAGAAUGACGAAAAUGAGAUUUUGUUUCCUGAGAAAGCUUCAGAGCAUUCUCUAGAAGAGAAAACUGAUGAAAUUUCUUCAUCCAAUCCAGUAUUUAUUCUGCAGAGGAUUUUUAAUCAGUAG